GCGAAGGUCCCUCGCAUAUUAUAAGCAUAAUUAAUGAUUACAAAAAUGAAAAGGCUGUUAAAGCUAUUGAACGGCUUUUAAAGAAAUUAGCUACAAUUAAAACUCAAGAAAUAAUGCAGGCUAGACCAAAACGUCUUCCAUCACCAGCACUUAUUUCUUUACAUUUAGAAACAUUUAAAAAGGCAACUUUUGAAGUGAUAAAUACUCAACCUGUGAUUUCUCAAGAGGAUAAAACUGGUGAUAAUUAUUUUAAUGAUGCACAAGAGUUCUUGUUGCAGCAAAAAUACUAUGAUGCAUUGGAGGCUUUUGAUAAAGCCAUUAAACUCAAAUGCGAACAUCUUGAUUAUGCUUAUAAUAUGCGAGGGACCUUCGCCUAUUUAUUGGGUGAUAUAGAAGAUGCAUUAGGCUAUUAUUAUAAGGCUCUUCAGCUGCCACCUAAUUAUGUACAAAUUUAUAUCAAACAAUAUUUUAGCAAUAAGGGGUAUGUGUUUUAUAUUGGAUUAGGACUUACCACUGUGGUUUUAACUGGAGUUGGUCUAUAUUUCCUUCAAGCACCUAAACCACCUAAACCAAAAAGCACACGUUCUACCUCUCGCAGAAAAGUACAAAAAACCAACAAGUCAAGUGGAAAAAACGAAUCAACAGAAACUACAAGAAACAGAGAAGAGGAUGCGGAGGCCGAAGAAUAUGAAAGAUAUACCAUUGAUCAAAUAAAUGCCUUACCAAAAGAGAAACGAGUAACAGCUUCACAAUUGCUUAAAGUUCGUGGAAAUACAGCUUUUGGUAAAGGCAAUUAUGAAAAGGCAAUUAAGCUCUAUACACAAGCACUUGCAUUUCAUCAAGAUCCUAUAUUCUAUGGCAAUCGAGCCGCAUGUUAUUUUAGCAAAAAAGAAUUUCAGAAAACUAUUGAAGAUUGCAAUAGCUCAUUGGAAAUGGAUCCUUAUUAUGCUGUUAAAGCUAUUGAACGGCUUUUAAAGAAAUUAGCUACAAUUAAAACUCAAGAAAUAAUGCAGGCUAGACCAAAACGUCUUCCAUCACCAGCACUUAUUUCUUUACAUUUAGAAACAUUUAAAAAGGCAACUUUUGAAGUGAUAAAUACUCAACCUGUGAUUUCUCAAGAGGAUAAAACUGGUGAUAAUUAUUUUAAUGAUGCACAAGAGUUCUUGUUGCAGCAAAAAUACUAUGAUGCAUUGGAGGCUUUUGAUAAAGCCAUUAAACUCAAAUGCGAACAUCUUGAUUAUGCUUAUAAUAUGCGAGGGACCUUCGCCUAUUUAUUGGGUGAUAUAGAAGAUGCAUUAGGCUAUUUUGAUAAGGCUCUUCAGCUGUCACCUAAUUAUGUACAAAUUUAUAUCAAACGUGCAACUAUUUACAUGGAACAAAACAAACCUUUUCAAGAAUGCUUGGAGGAGUUUUCAAAGGCUAUUGAAAUUGAUAAGGAUGAUCCUGAUAUAUAUUAUCACAGAGGACAAGUAUACUUUUUAAAUAAUGAAUUUUCAAAGGCUAUUGAAGAUUAUGAACGUAGAAUAGAGCUUGAUCCAGAGUUUGUUUUUGCAUACGUACAGCUUGCUCUGUGCAAAUAUAAAACUAAAGGAAUAGUAGAUGCAAUUAAAGUUUGUGAAGAUGCAAUAAGGAAGUUUAGUGAUUCAGCAGAAAUUUACAAUUAUUAUGGUGAACUGUUGGUUGAAAGCGGUGAUAUUACUUCAGGAAUGGAAAAAUUUGAUAAGGCUAUUGAAUAUACUAAAGGAAAAUUUGUGUUGCCUUUAAUAAAUAAAGCAAUGCUUUACUUACAUCCUAAUUCUACUAACAAUUUUAAUGCUGCCGAGGAUCAUUGUAAACGAGCUUUGGAAAUCGAUCCAGAUAGUGACCUAGCAAAUUUAAUUAUGGGCGAAGUUUUAUUGACGAAAAAUGAUUGGGAAAGAGCUUUACAAUAUUUUGAAAAGUAUCAAGAAUUUCCGAGAACCGAACAUGAACUUAUAGUUGUUCAGGAAUAUAUAGAGGCUGCAAAAUCUCAUAGUGACCUAGCAAAUUUAAUUAUGGGCGAAGUUUUAUUGACGAAAAAUGAUUGGGAAAGAGCUUUACAAUAUUUUGAAAAGUAUCAAGAAUUUCCGAGAACCGAACAUGAACUUAUAGUUGUUCAGGAAUAUAUAGAGGCUGCAAAAUCUCGUAUUGCCUUCAAGAAAAAAUAUCCACAAGAUCUAAAAAAGGAUAAUGGUAAAGAAGGAUCUCGUGCUCUAAUCAAAGAAAUUUGGAAACAAAUUCCUGAAGAAAUAACAGACGUUGCCUUGCGGAAAGCCAUGAAAAACUAUAAUAAUAUGACAUCAGAGCUCGCAAAAUUUUUCAGUGACGCAGCUCAUCGAACGUACACCUUCACUCAGGCUGACACCACAGAACUCAAAUCUACAUCCACGUCACCCAAUUAA